GUGUCUUUUUGUAUACCAUUUUUAAGAUCACAAGAUUGGGUUUUUGUUUCUUGAAACCAAAAAUCAAGAACUUUUUUGAUGUUUCCCAAAACACCCUUCUUUAAAUUCUUCCUUUGUUGACUCCCGACCACAGAAUUCUUUGAAUCUUGGAAGCCCAAUAAAGUUCUUCUGUCUGGGGGCAAUCUUGGAAUUCAAGGCGAAAAUGUGGAUCCUGUAGGAACUUGGAAAUGGGGUUUAUCAGUUGGAUUUGAUUUGAUCAAGAAAAGGGUUUUCAAUUUUGACUUGCUCUAGAAGAUUUAGGAACCUCGUAAAAAAGUUAGUGGUUCUUUUUGGGUGAUUGUGAUUCAGAAUCAGAAAGGGGGGGAAGAAAGUUGACUUUUUUCGUUUAUUAGUUGACUUCAGAACCAAGAGAUAAUUAUAUAACAAAGGUUGGUUUGGAGAUCCGACAUGGGUUCGCUAUGCACCAAGCUGAUCCCAUGUUGUCUCGCUUCACCAGAAGAUUCAUCGGUUCUUGAGGACCCGAAUGUUGGGAAUAAAGACGAGGAGGCAAGUGAUCCAACCGCAUUCAAAGAAUUCACAUUGGAUCAACUUAAAAAUGCAACAUCUGGUUUUGCUGUAGAGAACAUUGUUUCUGAGCAUGGUGAGAAGGCUCCAAAUGUUGUUUAUAAAGGGAAACUCGAGAAUCAAAUGAGGAUAGCCGUAAAACGCUUUAAUCGAUCAGCUUGGCCUGAUUCUCGACAAUUUAUGGAAGAAGCGAAAUCUGUUGGCCAGCUGCGUAAUGUUAGGCUUGCUAAUCUCCUCGGUUGCUGUUGUCAAGAUGACGAGAGGCUACUUGUGGCCGAGUACAUGCCCAAUAACACACUCGCAAAACAUCUUUUUCACUGGGAAUCACAACCAAUGAAGUGGGCAAUGAGAUUAAGGGUUGUGCUACAUCUUGCAGAAGCUCUUGAGUAUUGUACAAGUAAAGGUCGUGCUCUUUAUCACGACCUCAAUGCUUACCGGGUUUUGUUUGAUGAGGAAGGUAACCCGAGACUAUCAUGUUUUGGUCUCAUGAAGAACAGUAGGGAUGGGAAAAGUUAUAGUACAAAUCUUGCAUUUACACCUCCGGAGUAUUUGAGAACCGGGAGAGUGACUCCCGAAAGUGUCAUAUAUAGCUUUGGGACUCUUUUGCUUGAUCUUCUUAGUGGGAAGCAUAUCCCUCCUAGCCAUGCUCUUGAUUUGAUAAGGGAUCGGAACCUUCAAAUGCUCACGGAUUCAUGCCUAGAAGGACAAUUCUCUAAUGAUGAUGGAACCGAGUUGGUGCGUUUGGCUUCUCGUUGUUUGCAAUAUGAACCCCGAGAACGCCCAAAUCCAAAGUCUGUUGUGUCUGCUCUAGUUUCUCUUCAAAAGGAGACCGAGGUUCCUUCUUACGUUUUGAUGGGCAUCCAAACGACUUCUUCAUUCUCGCCUCGAUCUCCACUUGGUGAAGCUUGCUUGCGAAUGGAUUUGACGGCAAUGCAUGAGGUCAUGGAAAAGCUUUCGUAUAAAGAUGACGAAGGACAAACAACCGAGCUCUCGUUUCAAAUGUGGACCGAUCAAAUGCAAGAGUCGUUAAACUCGAAAAAGAAGGGUGAUACUGCAUUUCGACACAAAGAAUUUAGCACCGCAAUCGAAUGCUAUACCCAGUUCAUUGAAUACGGACCUAUGGUGUCUCCAACGGUAUACGCUCGUCGCAGUUUAUCGUACCUCAUGAACGACAUGCCUCAAGAAGCCUUAGGCGAUGCUAUGCAAGCACAAGUCAUCUCGCCCAUAUGGCACAUUGCUUCGUAUCUACAAGCUGCCUCACUUUUCGCCCUUAAAAUGGAAACCGAAGCCAAUGUUGCUCUCAAGGAGGCGGCCACUCUCGAAGCCAAGAAAAACGGAACCACCAUUAAUGGACAAUAACCAUGUUGGUUUCGUCAUCGUAUAAUACUGUAAAUCUCUGCCUUUUUUUUAUCGUAGACUUAAUUGCUUCUUUUGUACGAAAAAUGACCGAUGAAAGACGGCGUCUUCGUAUGGUUUAAAAUGACGGUUUUGCCCUUGGGUUUGGUGUUGGUUUUCUUAAUUUUUUUUCUUUUACAUGUGGAGUAAAUUGUGUAUUGAGAAAGUUAGAAACAGAUUUGAUGGGAAUCUGAUUGUAAAGCAAGAACUCAGUUGACAAUACAUGUGUAGUUUGUGUAC